AUGCUUUCAGUGACGCCUUUCUCCUUCGUGCUCUUGAUGAGCUUUGCGCCGGCGCAUCUUUAUGCAGCAGACUCUCGCAUGCAAUUGUUACCGCGGGCUGGAAGAACCAAGACACAGAACAACGCUGCGGUCAACAACGCUUUACAAACCAGUCUCACUCUGGACGCAUCUCAGAUCGGCUCAAACAUUGCACAGAACGGACAGGCAGUCGCAGAGGCUGGCCAAGUACCAUCAUUAACCUCGACGAACAACUUCAUCAACUUUUGUGCGGGAACAAAUCAGCAGAUCACGAAUGGUCUCCAGCAGAAGCAAGGCUCGUGCAACCCCAUACCGCUCGGUCAGAUCGCUGCGGCCAAUCAGCUACCUUCGACCAAGUUCCAGAACCCGUUGAACAAUGAUCUCAUCAAUCCGGACGAGACGUUCACGAUAAAGAUGGCGAUCUCCAACCUUGCCACUGGUCAGUUCGUCAAUGCUGACACGAACUACUUCUCUGCGCCAGCUCAGCUCGAUGCGCAAGGCAUCACGCUCGGACAUUCGCAUGUGGUCAUUCAGAAGCUCAGCUCACUGCAACAGACUACGCCAGUGGAUCCUACCUCGUUCGCUUUCUUCAAGGGUCUUAACGAUCAAGCGCAGAAUGGCGUGCUCAGUACCGAUGUCACCGGUGGACUGCCUGCCGGUGCAUACAGACUAGCAAGUAUCACUACGACGGCUAAUCAUGCAGCCUUGAACGGACCUGUAGCUCAGCGGGGUGCUUUCGACGAUGUCGUCUACUUCACGGUCAAAGCACGCUCGAGUGAUAAUACGACGGCCGUUAAUGCUCAAGAUGCUGUAUUGGCUGCCAAGCAAGCCGCAGCUGUUGCCGCUCAGACCACCGCCACGACGACAACGCGCAAGGCGAAGACGACGACGACGACGACGAAAAAGAAGCAGAAGGCUGCCGCAGUUGAUGCACAGACGACAGGCAAUACAACCGCUCAAGCGACCACUCAGGCGACGACGACGACGACAGGGAAUGUCGGCACAGCAGCUCAGCAGGCGAUUGCUCAAGUGCAGGGACUCUUGGGCAAAUUGUUGAGGUAG